GGGACAGCAAUCGGACGGGUCAGGGAAAGAAUGAAAGGGAAUAGAAAUGAGAUGCCUGAAAGUACCUUCUGUACAGUGCUGUACGAUUUAUAUUUACAUAGCGCUUACAUUUUAUUUUCUACUCUACAUAACUGCAGAUAUUAUUCUUAUUUUUCAGAUGUAAACAUUGAGACUCAGCAGUUAAAUGAGUUAUUAUUUGUUCACAGCCAUACAGCAAAUUCGAGCCAUCAGACACCACUGACAAAGAAUUUGGGAAGAGAGGGAAGAGUGAGCUGGGAAGAAAAUGAGGGAUAAGAAAGGAAGGAGGCUGGGGAAUGAAGAUCUAAGGGAUCAGGGAUAGGGCAAGGCUUAGAGUGAUAGGCUGAGAUAGAAGGUGCUCCAGGUUUGUUAGAAGGGAUUGCUCAGAGUGAAAGGAGAAGCAAAGCAAAGGUGCUGCAAGGAAUUUUAGAGGACGUGUAACAGGGUGGUCCCCAGAAAGGGGGGAGGUUCCAGGGUCCUGCCCCACCCAAGGGAGGGUGGAGCUGAGCAGGGAGAGAAGGUGCAGAAGGAACUGAGAAGGAAGGAAGCAGGAUGGAGCCAGAAGGAGACCUGGAGGAGGUACAUGGAGCAGAGAGACACGUGAAGAAAUUGCGCUUGCCUUUUGGUCCUGGACUGGUUGAAACAGGGAUUUUGUAUUGGAAGACAUGGAUCUUGCUGCCAAUGAGCUCAGCAUUUAUGACAAACUUUCAGAGACUGUUGAUUUAGUGAGACAGACAGGCCAUCAGUGUGGCAUGUCAGAGAAAGCAAUUGAAAAAUUUAUCAGACAGCUCCUGGAAAAGAAUGAACCUCAGAGGGGGCCGCCUCAGUAUCCUCUCCUUAUAGCCAUAUACAAGGUCCUGGUAACGCUGGGGUUAAUCUUGCUCACUGCCUACUUUGUAAUUCAACCUUUCAGCCCAUUACCACCAGAACCAGGGCUUUCUGGAGCUCACACCUGGCGCUCACUCAUCCAUCACAUCCGGCUAAUGUCCUUGCCCAUUACCAAGAAGUAUAUGCCAGAAAAUAAUGGCAUUGCUCUGCAUGGGGGUGAUGAAGACAGACCCUUUCCAGACUUCGACCCCUGGUGGACAAACAACUGUGAGCAGAAUGAAUCAGACCCCAUCUCUGCCAACUGCACUGGCUGUACCCAGAAGUUACCCCUGAAGGUAAUGCUCCUGGAAGAUACCCCGAAGAAAUUUGAGAGACUCCAUCCUCUGGUGAUCAAGACGGGACAGCCCCUGCUGUCCGAGGCGCUUCAGCACUUUUUAUGCCAGUACCCUGAGGUGACAGAAGGCUUCACCGAAGGGCUUUUCACCAAAUGGUGGCGCUGCUUUCCUGAACGGUGGUUCCCCUUUCCUUAUCCAUGGAGAAGACCUCUAAACAGAUCACAAAUUUUACGUGAACUUUUUCCUCUUUUCACCUACCUGCCAUUUCCAAAAGAUGCUUCCUUGAAAAAGUGCUUCCUUCUUCAACCAGAACCUAUUGUGGGGAGUAAGAUGCAUAGGAUGCAUGAUCUGUUCGCUGUCGGCAGUGGCGAGGCCAUGUUGCAGCUCAUCCCUUCCUUCCAGUGUCGAAGACACUGCCAGUCCAUGGCGAUGCCACUAGAACCAGGGGAUAUUGGCUAUGCCGGUGCCACCCACUGGAAGGUCUACGUUGUAGCCAGAGGAGCCCAGCCUUUGGUCAUCUGUGAUGGAACCACCGUCUCAGAGCUGUAGGGAACAGAACUAUAUAGAGGAACAUCUCUGAGUGCUGAAGACCAGGUUGAAAGGGGGAAAUAAAAACCAAAACAAUGAAA